ACCGCCUCCCGGCCGCUUUGGCAGCGCACGGGUGGGGGGUCCCUCGCAGGGCCGCAGAAGGGGAUGAGGGCAGCCCCGGCACCCGGCAAGAGCGGGGCAGUCGCCCUCUCCCCUUCUCCCGCUGCCGGAGCGGAUUGGAUUCUGAACGCGACACGAGCGGAAUGUCAAUAGGAGCGCAGAGCCACGGGCGGGCGCCGUAGAAGGGAUCAGGAUGCCGGCGCUCAGGCGGCGGGCGCGGAGGGCACAGCUCGGACCCCCAGCUUCAGCCCCCGCCGCCUUGCCGCACCGUCACCGCGGGCCAUGCGGCCCAACGAUCCCGCUGCGGGGCCCCGCAAGUUUCCGCAGCGCCGGGGGCCACGCGGGCAGGGGCCGCGCUGUCCCCGCGCCGCGGCAACCCCUACCGCGGAGCACUGGGCAGCCGGGCCGUCCCGCCUCCCGCGCAGUCGUUCAUCCGAGUCGUGCAGCAGGGUCCCCGGCGCCCCCCCGGCCAGCCAGCGCGGCACCUGGGCGCACAGGGGCAGUGAGGAGGAGACAGAUGACCCAGGGCCUGCUGGUCACAUGGCUGCAGCCAUACCAGCAAGAAGAGAACAGCUGCAGUUCGCCAACUCCAGAGACUCACUCUGUCCUCCCAAGAGCGGCAGAGUUCCUGCCCUGCCCAAGACCAGGGCCCCUGGAGGCCUCUCUUCUCAACACACAUGCCCUGGCUGGAUCUGCUCUCUGACACCGGCUACCUCUUGCCACCCACAUUCAGCACCAGGGAGAGCGCCCAGUACGGCUUUGGCAGGCCUUGAGCUUAAAGGAAGUGGUGUAGGACCCGGGAGAGCCUGCCAAGACAGCCUGAACCAGGGACCAGAGGAAGCCAAACUUGAGGAAGACUCAGGCCGGCCAGGAGAGGGUGCCGUCUGGAACCCAUGGGCUCCGUUUGCUCGGAUCCCUGUCCUGUACUGAACACCCCUCUGAACCUUUGGAGCCUGGCUCCUGAAGGCGACAGGAUCAAACAUGACAGCAUGACCAGUCGUCUGAGGGACGUGGAGAGGGCAGUCCUUAAAUCUGUUUCUCCUCCAGAAGCAACUUGAGGACGGAAAAGAGCCCAGAGGUGUGGGAUUCAGGGUGAAGGUGAUGAACCCUGACUACAGGUUGUUACCGGCUUCGUGCCCUGACGGUGGCAACUGUCUGGGCCUCAGUUUUCUGUCUUGUGAAAUGGGCCCAGGCUGCCAGCACACAGAUUGCUACAAAGAGGUGCUUAGUAAUGAAGGUGAAGGUAGCUAAUGCCACUGGCCCUGGCUCUAGACUUUCUGAGCCUACUCUCUGGCUCCCAUGAUUCCCUGAGUCUAGGAGUGGCCUCACCUAGCUGAAUGACAGAAGAGAUGUGAUCACAAAUGGGGAGGCACUCAGGACCCUCAGGGCCAUUGUUACCAUAGAAACUGAGCCCACCAGACACACAUUCACACAUAUGGCCCCUUAUCCUGAGAAAUACUGCUUGCAUUGGGCAUACGUUAAAAACUCGGUGAGAGCCUCCAGGGGAACAGAAAGAAGGCUGGAGAGAGGGAGAAAUGGGCUAGGAAGAGUUUGGGGUGUCUUGUGCAGAAAGCAGCAGGGAGGGACCCUGUCCCUGUUAAGCGAGGCCUCAGUCUUCCCCUUAGAAAAGUAGGAGCCUCUGGCUGGAAACUGGCAGAACCACAGACUGUGAAGCUGACUGGGAAUCAGGACUUGGCAAGGA